GUUGAUGUGCGCAGGACGUUCUCAGAACGUAACACGGGUGGACGACCUCCUGAGAAAAGAACGGACAAACUCGAUCGAACCAUACAGUUUCCGGCUUAUAUUACGACAUCGCGCUCUCCUCGCCUCCCAUGCUCAUGUCCCGGUUCGAAACGCGGAGAAUCCCACCAUGCUUCUUAAAUCUUGCCCCCACCCGGACGUGGAUGCAUGACGCCCUUCUCGAUAUCGAGCACUCCAGAAGAGUUCUCGCCGGUCCUCUUUGCGAUCGCUGCACCGGUCCUCAAUGCGGUCGCCUACGUCGUCAUGGUCGUUAUCGGGUCCCUAUGCGUAUUUUUUCUCGUUAGGCGGCUAAGGCCGCAGAGGUCGCGGUCGGCUGCCGCAGCGGACCCUGACUCGGACAGCGGGAUGCCAGGCCCAAGCCUUUCUCGGCGGCACGCGUGGUUUUAUAUCGUCUAUGUCGUGUGCAUGGUCUGUUUCGGUACGGCGUACACUGUCUCGCUCCAAUUCGACAUUGCGCAGCCGCGGCAUGCGAACGCAUGCCAUCGGGGGGAGGGGAAGGCACCUACCUACAAUGUCGUUGCGUUCGCUGUGUCGAAUAGCGCAUUUGCACUGAGCGGAGGGAUUGCGGACGUUCUGGUGGUUUGGAGAUGCUGCGUUAUCUACCGAGAAAGCAGCUGGUGUCAAUGGGUGAAGACUUUAUGCUGGCUGUUGUUUGCUUCGGACUGUCUGAUUGGGGUAACGGCUGCAAUCAUGUACUCUGUUCCCAGCGUAGGCAACAACGCAAUCCCCGUCGUCCUUGCGCAGAGCGCGUUCACUAUCUCAGCUACGCUAAAUCUAGUAUGCACUGCGUUGAUCGUCGGACGUCUAUAUUCCGUGAAGAAGUACUUCACGGACACCAUGGGCUCGACUGACCGGAGCCAGCUGCGUUAUGCCACCAUCAGCGCAAUGCUAAUCGAGUCGUGUGCACUAUACGCAACUUUUUCGGUCACGUUACUCGUUUUAUGGUUCCUGCGUAGCCCUGCGUCCUUCGUCGCAUUUGCUCUCUUGGGCCAGUGUCAGAUUAUCUCUGUGUUCCUCGUUAUCCUCCGUGUCUCUCGAGGUGUUGCGUGGACCCGCGCACCAGACCUUAGCGCCGUCGUCGAUCUCGACUUUGCGGAGUUUUGCAAGAUCGACCUUCCGGGACCAGGACCUUCGGGGUAAUAUUCGCUUGGGUGGACAAGCUGCGUAUCCCAAGCCUAUCCGUUGAAACAUCGGUAAGAAGGCGCCCGCAGAGACCAUGACAGCAUUGCGACCUUGCGUGAACAGGAAGAUGACCCGCGGGCUGUCAUCAGUCCCACGCGUCUCACAGUCUGUCACAUUGGACCCUCGUUGCAUAGCAUUCCACCCUUGGCAAGGGAGAGUGAAAUAUUGCGGGCCAAGUAAUUUACGUGCGUUAGUGUGCUGUAGGCUAUAUUUGACAAUA